UCAUCAGUCGUCUAUGAACGAAGGACACGGAUGUGGUUACGUGAAUCUCGAAAGUACCUCGAUUCAUUCAUAACUACAAUUUUUGUCAGAUUUUCAGCUGAAACAGUGAACGACAAGAUUCUCAGUGCGAUACCACCCAGUGUCCAUGGUAACGCUACAUUUUAACAGCCAGGACUAUCCCGAGGAAGUAAGGAAACGAGAGAAGCUGGCAAAUCAGCGAAGGAGAACAGAUUUCAUCUGAACGACCCUCCACUUUGCCUCUAACAGUUUUAAUUAUCUUCCAUGGAUGUUGCAGAUUCCUGAGCAGGAAGGAUGACAUCGGAGGCUGCCGUCUCCUCACCUCCUGCCAUAAGCAGCACCCCUGCCAAGAGGGACUACUACUGGCUCCGCUCCUUUGUAGCUGGAGGUGUAGCGGGAUGCUGUGCCAAGACGACCAUCGCCCCUCUGGACAGAGUCAAGAUUCUUCUUCAAGCCCAGAACCCCCAUUACAAACAUCUAGGAGUGUUAUCCACUCUCAAAGCGGUGCCAAAGAAAGAAGGCUUCCUUGGCUUGUAUAAGGGUAAUGGGGCAAUGAUGGUCAGGAUAUUUCCUUAUGGAGCCAUCCAGUUCAUGGCCUUUGACAAUUAUAAAAAGCUGCUAAGUAAACAGAUUGGAAUCUCUGGACACAUCCACCGCCUCGUGGCAGGAUCUAUGGCAGGGAUGACUGCGGUGAUAUGCACCUACCCUCUGGAUGUGAUCCGAGCCAGACUGGCCUUCCAGGUGACAGGAGAGCAUCGCUACACUGGAAUUGCCAAUGCCUUCCACACCAUCUACCUUAAGGAGGGGGGCGUCCUGGGCUUCUAUAGGGGACUUACUCCAACACUUAUUGGAAUGGCCCCUUAUGCAGGAUUCUCAUUCUUCACCUUUGGCACCCUGAAGAGCCUCGGCUUGAAACAUUUCCCAGAGAUGCUGGGACGCCCCUCCUCAGACAACCCUGAUGUCCUCAUUCUAAAAACCCGCGUUAACCUUCUCUGUGGAGGGGUUGCCGGUGCCAUCGCUCAGACAAUAUCGUACCCCUUGGAUGUGGCUAGGAGAAGAAUGCAGUUAGGAUCUGUGCUUCCUGACUCUGAGAAAUGUGUAUCGCUGAGCAAGACUCUGACGUAUGUGUAUAAGGAGUAUGGGAUCAAGAAGGGAUUGUACCGAGGCCUUUCUCUCAACUACAUCCGCUGUGUCCCCUCCCAGGCCGUUGCCUUUACCACCUAUGAGUUCAUGAAGCAGUUCCUCCACCUGAACUAGUCAUUGUUUUUAUACCUUCCAAGUCUGCACCUGGGCCUGUACGCUCCGAGUCAUUAAGCAGAUUGACCUCAAUGCUUUCUUCAUGUGAUCUGAGGCUCACUCGCUACUUCUUAAACUAUUCAUUGUGGGAAUCGCCUUUUCCUUGAGUUCACUGAAGGCACCAGGGAAGUCAGUUAAAGCUGAAAAGGGAAACUGGAUAUCAGACAGUAAGGCGCUGCAUGUCUUUCCUAUUUCAUAUCCUCUUACUUCCUGCUUUUGUGACUCGCCACCUCUUAAGAGAGGAUUUACUCACGACAUGUGGCUUGAAUUUGAGCAACUCCCUCAUCAAUGUCUCCAUGGAUACAGCGGGGCAGCGGCAUCUUUGGUCUGGUUCGGUUGGUUGAAUGGCUUGGGGCAAUGAUACGCUCUUUAACAAUGUUGUUGGCAACAUCACAACAACACACUGAUUGUGUAGAAGCCUCAUCAUUCACACAGCAAACACAGAUGUCCACUCACUCUCACUGAAGAUGGACACCAGCUUAAAAUGAUCAAAUUAGUAGUUUCUUUUUAAUCAGUUUCUUUCCAAAUAAGGAAACUCAGUGUUAUGAAUUUAUUUGAAUAAUAUGUCACUUAAAUUCUACAGCUACACAUUUUCUUUAUCGUAUCUUAUUUUUACCGGCUUGGUGAUGAAAAGUUUGUCUGUUGUUGAAAGGAGGCUGGAAUUUUAAAAUAAUCUGAUGUUGUCAGAUUAUGACGUGUGUCUUUAAAUUUACAGUGCAGGUUUGGGGUGCAGUAACUUUAGGAGAAGUUGCUGUUUGUGCGUCUUUCCCUUUGUCCAUCUAAAAUCAAUAUGACACAGUUCACCUGCAGGUUUUCUUUUUUAAAGAUGCAGUGACCGAGGUGGCACAGUUUAAGACAACUUCACAUUUUAUUGCCAAACCUUGAAUAGAGCAGUUACUGUAUGUAUUUUCAAUUGCUGAAAAAUAUUUGGGGUUUUUUAUGGUUAAUGUGCACUUAUUGAAUCAUGUACAUCCAUGCUCAGCUGUGAUCAGAAAGAUAUUUUGCAUUGUUAAGUGUUUAAGAUGUCAGCUUUUUUUGACAUAAUAUGGAUGUAAGUCUGACAUGUCUGGAGGGACAUGUUUGCUAGAAGGAACUCAGGAGAAAUUUGCACUUCAUCACUGUAGCUUUUUUCAUUUAUUUAUUGAUUUUAGCAAACUUUUGCCACUGGGUGGCAGCAUUGAAUAUAAAUGGUAUUGUUUAACAUCAGAGCUGGACACAACAUUCAUACAAAUUUCAUACAUCUCUUAUCAGUUACAAGUCAGAUUAUGAUCUUUAUGAUUUUUUCUGUUUGCUUAUUCAAAGCAAGUUGGUGAGUGUAGUAUAGGCAGUGUUUUUAACCCAGUUCAACCCAAGCUGUUUGCAUUUAUUGCCCCAGGAAGGCUGAACAUCAUUAAUUUGUUUAAUCACUUUCGAUCUCAAAUGCACCGCAGGCCUUCAAGUCACCACCGACAUUUGCGUGAGCCUCAUCAGUUUGUUUUACAAAUAUCGUCAUUUUUCAGCCUCUUGCCUUCCUCUGCAUUUGAUGUCUUACUUCACCAGUAUAAUUAAUGAGUUUCUCCACACGCUUCAGUUGAUGCCUUAGCUUUUAGGCCGUCAGUAAAGGUGGAGACUGGUUCUAGGAUUACUAGGUGACCGUCAGAUGUUAUAUCUAAACAUCAAAUCGUCUGAAAAUGUUUGAAAUGCAUCGGUUAAGAAGGGGGGGAGAGAGAGGAACACUGGAGCUGUGAGAGUGGCUGGGAGUGUCAGUCGUCGUGAAGGGGGCGUGUUCAAGCUAAUAUAUGAUGUUAAGUUGCUCUUUAAUUAUAUUGUGACUGCUCAGAUUCAUCAUGUGACCCUUUGGAGGGUCCAGAUCCCCAGGUUGGGAACUACUGCCUUAGAAUAUUGAAAUAUAACGAGAAUUGACAGACUACUGAACACUUUGAAAGCUAAUUACUGUAGAGGAAGUGAGGUGUCAAAGGCUUCAGUCACCUCUUAGCUGCUCCUCAGUUGGAUGGUUGCCACCUAUCAACCAGUACAAAAAAACUUUGCAAGAGUUAUAAAUUUAUGAUUGGGAGUGGACCUCUGAAAACCUAACUGUAGACAUGUACACAGCUGGCACAUUUUAAAUUGCUAACACACAACAUUGAAACGAAAAUGUUAAUUUUAGUUUGUCUGUUCAACUUCAACUUACUUUCGUCUAAUAAUUGGAAAUCGCCUGGCCGCUCCAAACACCUCGAUGCCUCGUGUGUGUGAAGGUGUUGUUGAACAAAAGUCUAAAAAUCUCUGAACAUAUAAUUCUCCCAAGUGCAAGUAAAUGAGAGAUUUCUAUGUAACUCUUGAUUGCAAAGUGUAUGUAACAAUAAAUUAACUGCAGUAUCCGACUGUGCUUACCUGCCUGGGCUUAAGAGUAUAAUCACACCCUCACUGGUGAUAAGUGGCAGCUACUAUUUGGCAAACAAAACAGUUUUCGGCAACAUUUCUGCUUUUUAUGGCGCCAUUCAUUCAUCUACAGUACUGCUGUGUAGAAGCUUUCAUUUACAGCUCUUUUGAUUUCCGUGUUUGGUUUUAUAUACAUGAUUUUUCACUGUUGUUGCUGUGUUUUUUUUUUUUUCUUCUAAUCCUUCAAGAACAGAUCAGCUCUGUUCCUGCUGCUCACUGCAACAGAUAUUUAUGUAUGAAAUGGACUAUUCAGAUAUUUAUCUAUGUAAAUGUAUGUAAUAGUAUGAUGUACUACUUUAUUAGACUGUUGGAUGUGACUGAAAUAAGAUGCAUAGUUUUUGAGAAUGAAUGAACAAUGAAAAUGCCUUUUUCUUUUAAUUUUUGUCAGUUUUUUUUUCUCUCUUUGUACAUGUUCAGCUUUGCCUGCCCUGCCUUUCAUAAGCAGUGUCUGAAUUACAUUACAUGUCACCAUCCUAAAACAGCACCAGCCUGUCUUUAUUUUGUCUUUUAAUGUGAACUCAUGUAUGGUCACUUUGUCAGACUGGUACACCCCUUUUUUUUUUUUUUUAACUGAGUGAGAACUUUGAGCUUCACACAUACAGACCCCUAUUAUUGUUGAUGUUACAGUUUCAUCUGUAAAACCACACAGGGACUCUAUGAUGCAUUUGCAUUUAUUUUGCUGGAGCUGGAAUACACUAACUGUUUUUGUUCGUCGUCACGUACUGAUUUGACUGGUAAAUGUGAUGUGUAAAAGAUGUGUAUGCUCACAUGUUCCUUGAUGUCUGUCAUUUCUACAUCAUCAGUUAAAUACAGUUAGACUGCCCAAGUUAAAACCCUGUCAUUCUCUGUUUUUGUCUGUAAUGCAGGAAUUUGUUAUAUUGUGCUUUUUAUUAAACACCCUCCUUGUUUGUA